AUGGAUAAUGAACGUGCAGAGAACAAUGAAAUAGAUUUAACAAUUAUUCAACGUUCAUCCUCAAUGGAUUCACUUGAACAAAAUGAACCAACUGUUCAAAAUCUUCAUGUUGUCGUCGGCUCUCAUAAAUGGAUGAAUACAAAUAAUAAUAAUACUCGUGUCGAAAAAACAUCAAUUGCUGACGAUAAUGAAGACUCAAUUGAUCAAAGAACGUAUUCGAUAGCUAAUAAAAAUCACACCGAAAUUGAGGAAGAUGAAAAUCUUAGUAUUUCAAGUCAAACAGAUUUAUCGCUCAAUCACUAUGAUGUACAAUUACAAGUAAAUAAUGGUCAACCAGAAAGAGCUGUUCGCUAUGGUGUAUUUUCAACGCAAUUGCCAAAAGAUCCAAAUACAUUUAAGAUAAAUCAACAUUCACAAACAAUUGAACCUGAAAUGGAUAUGGAUGGUAGAGAUGGAGAUAGAGAUAGAAAUAAUAAUGGUUAUUUGAGACGAAAUAAUGGAAAUACUCAUAGUAAUAAUAAUAGUGAUGGCUCAUCUCGAAGAAACCAACGAACAAACGAAUCUUCAGGAAGUGGUAGUGAUGGAAAUGCUGAUAGAAAUGGAUCAAAUCCAAAUCGAAAUAAUAAUAAUGGCAGAAAACCUAAUGAUGAUGACGGCAGCGAAGACAAUGAAGAUGACGACGAUGAAAACGAAACUGAUGAAAGUGUAGCUCGUCGAUUAGGUUUUCGUCCAAUUGAUAAUGAAACAAUCCGUACUCUAGGUCGUUUACGUCGUUUAACGAAUAAACAGUCAUUUGAUCGACGGGACUUUGAAAAUGUUCAAUAUUUAAUUGAUGAAUUAAUACGUUUACAACAUUUAGAAAAUAGUUCCGAAGAACAAUUACAAAAAAUUAUUAAUCGCCUUAAACUUCAUCGUGUAUUACGAACGAAAUCUCAUGCACUACAAUUUAUUCAAGAUCGUUUACCACAACGUAUAGUAAAACCUAGUAAUGAAAAUAACUCUAAUGUAUUUGACAUUUGGCGUGAAAGAGAACGACGCGCUAGACUUGAUUCAAAAGAUAGUUUAGAAGAAGAAGGACAAUCUUCCAAUCGACAUCAAUCGCGAGAAAAACUAGACGCAAAUCCUUCAACAUCACCUGUUACUAAUUCAAAUAACAAAUCAAAAGUUAAACAAAUGGCAGAAAAUAUUGAUACAAGAUCGGAUUCGUUUCAUACUGGAGAUCGAGUACGAAGUUCAUCACCACCUCGUAUAAAUCGACAUCAACCUUCUGAACGUUUACAUAGUGAAAUAUUUAUUGAUGAUCGUACACCAACGAAACGACACGUAUCACCAAUGUCAACAACAGCAGAACAACGUCGUGUACGACAAAUGGUCAAUCGUCUUGAAUCAUCAGCAACAGAUACAAAAGUAACAAAGAAAAUUUCAACACCGAAACCGUUUGAUGACGAGCAAAUCAUUGGUCCAACUGGUUCUACACCAUUGCCAAAUGUUAAACGAGUAGCACGAACAGAAAACCAAGAAUAUUGUUUAACAACAAAUGGAAAUAAUGACGAUGGCGGCUUUGUCUUUCGUCAUAAAAGCCCACGCGAAGAAAUUUAUGUUCGAGAUAGCCAUUCAAAUGUAACCAAAUUUGAACUUGAUCGGGAUCAAAUUAGAAAUUCAGCACGUCGAGCGACUAGCGGAAUAAAUAUGGACGAUUUUGUAACUUCUCUUCUUCCGGGUACUGAAACAUCUAUUUCAAUGGUUCGAGAUGUUCGUGCUCGUUUCUAUGACGAUGAUUCAAGUCUCUCACAUUCCAAUCAGGAUAAUGUCCCACUUAAAGUUGAUGUUGAAACAUUGUAUAUAUUAGAACAAAAAUCAGAGAAAAAAUCUGUAACAUCAAACGCAAAAAAUCAUGUGCCUGAUUAUGAAUAUAAUCGUCCUAAAGAUCGACAGGAUUUUGGUUCACAAACAACAAUACCAAUAGUAGUUAUAAAACCAUCGAAUCGACCCAUCGGUACACAAGUUGAUUCAACUAUUGUACAAAAUACAGUUGGUGCUCAAACCUCAGAUUCAUUGCACCGACCACCAAAAGAACGGCAAUGCUUACCAUCGGUAAUUAUUGAUAAUGAUGAUGAUGAUGAUGAUGACGACAUCGAGAAAGGAAGUGAAGUCAUAAGAAAAAUAAAAACAACAACAACAACAACAAAAAAAUAUGAAGUAAAACGCCGUCAUUCAAGUCAUCAUACAAGUGAAGAUGAAGAUAAUGGUGGCACGACGACUAUUGUUUAUACUGAUAAUCAUGACAACUUUCAAACGACUGAUAAACAAAUAAAAGAUGUUGCUGAACAACGCUCAUCAUAUGAAGAAACUACAACACAAUUACGUCAAGACCCAAUACAUGAUCCCAAUCGAAAUGUUGUUCGUCGUCCUAUUGAACAAAAUGAUUAUGAUAAAGAUGAAUAUUAUUCAUCGGAAGUUUAUGAAAUUCAUACACGCGGUGCAUGUAAAUGUCUUGUUGUGUCGUAUGAAGAAAAAAUUCAAUAUGGUCCUCAAACUCGUUUUGAGAAACAGCUUCAACGUAUUGAACGUACGUACACAGAAGAAGAAUUACGAGCAACAGAAUUACAUGUUAUUGUUACAUCAUCAAAAGAACAUUAUGAAUUAGUUCGACGUGACUAUGGUUCAAAUAUGUAUACUGAUGAUGAUGAUAGCGUACAUGAUCCAUCAAGAAAGCCUGCUAUAACAAUACAUUAUUAUACUAAAGAUGGAAAUCGAGUUAGAACCGAACAAAUGAGAAAUCUUGAACAUUUGCCAUUGUUUAUUCGUUGUGAAAUUGAAUAUGAACUUAACCAUUAUGGUAGUGCACAAUUAAUUCUAUUAUCUAUCACGGAUGCUGAACGUCGUCAACUGAAUGUUUCAAUAAAAAAAGAAACUGUUGAUGAAACUAUCGUAAGUACCAGUGGCCGUUUAGCACCUAAAAGCCCUGAAUUGGAAAAAGAAAUAUCUCGAAGAUUAUCUGAACCCAUAUCUUUAUUACAUCUUGUGGAUUAUUCAUCGCGUGAUGAUUAUAAUCAAACAAACUCAACUGAUUUACGUCAUGUUUCACGUGUUGAUGUUUCAACAUCGUUACGCAUCGUGCAACGUCAUCGUACUGUUAUUCAUCGCCUUUGUCAAAUGUAUCGUUCACAUCUUCGUCUAACAACUCAAGCUGAACAGCAACGUUAUUUAGUAUUAGUUGCACGAAAUGAAUAUUAUUUAUUGGAUUUGGCAGCGCAAACAUCAAAUACAAUGUCUAAAUAUGAUACUCAACAAGGACAUCAAGAAGCAUAUAAACAGGAAGUUCAUCAGGUUCCUCAGCAACCAUUUGAUUAUGCUAAAUACCGCCGUGAGAUCGAACAACAACAGCGUAUACUUGAUCAACAUUAUCGAAAAAUACAAAAUGUUCAAACACCAACACGACAAACAUCAGAAGCCGAAUUCUAUCUAGGUGCAGGACGUCGUGCAUUAAUUGAAAAGGAAAUUCAUUCAAUGCGUGAAUCAAUCCGUCCACAUGAACAUGCUCCACCACGUUAUAAACAUGAACCAGCACGUCGAUCUCUAUCCAUAUCUUAUUCAGGUGGACAACGUUAUGUUCGUGCGCGUAUUAUUCACGUUAAGGAUUUCUAUGAUACACAGCAACAAGAACAACAGCAACAACAACAACAACAGCAACAAGCUAAAGAACAGGAAUUAUUUGUUCGCGUUGAUGAUUUUAUUAAUGAAUCUGCUGCGAAUACUCUACGUCGUUCAUAUUCUACAGAUUAUUUACAAGAAGAUGGGCCACGUUCAAGAAUUCGUUACGUACGCAUACCAGGAGAAACAAUUAGAAUCGAAGAAAAGACAACCUAUGAAUAUCAAGGUGUUAUGUAUGCCAAUUUACCGUAUUCAUUGAAAUAUUGGAAUAUACUUUAUAUUCUUGACCGUGAAGCUCGUGAAGGUCGUCCACUUGGUUCAUCGCUUCCACAUGUUAUUGUUAAUGAUCCCUAUCGAACAGUGAUACCUCCAUUGACCCAACAAGAAAUUCGUCAAACAGCCCAACAAGUUCUUGCACCACACUAUCCGGCACGAUCAUAUACCGAUCAAACAUUACGCUGGUUUUUAUCGCGGGAUAAACGUACUGAAAUUGAAUCUGCCAAAUACUUAGAAACAUUAAAAAACUAUCGUCAACAACAACAGCAAUUCGAUCAAAAAUAUAAUCAGGGACAAUUUCAGCAGCAACAACAAUAUGAUCAAGGACAAUUUCAACAGCAACAAAAUCAGUAUCAACAACAACAACAGCAGCAUCAUCAAUCGAAUAUUAGCGUGCGUGGUGAUGGUAAGCAAGCUGUAAAAAAGAAAUAUUUUGUUACUGAAACACUUGUUCAUUAUGAAAAAAUGCCUGAUCGUCUUAUACCUGUAACUGUUAACGAUCGGGCACAAUCAAUCGAUAAUCUCCAUCACCGGUCGCCAUCAACAUCUCGAGUAGCUCAGCAAUCUUUUCAUUCACAAAAUCAAUUAAAUCGAUCUCGAUCUCAACAACAUCAGGAAUUUCAACCUCAACUAUCAACAUUUACACCUAAUACUCGAGCACGAUUACCAUCGAUGAAUACGCCCUUAUCACGACAUCAAUCAGUUCAUGAAUUACAUGCACCAUCGACUUGGUCUCAUCCUCCAUCGCCAUCACCGUCACUUCAUAGUUUACAUAGUAACCAUCAAGCUCAAAAUCAUCGGCGACCAGUUGCAUUUAAUAAUCACUUUCAAGUACGACCUCCAACACAACAACAAAAUGCGUUAUUAACAGAAAUAAUCGACAGUCAAACAGGCAAACGAAUUUUAACGACCAGUCAAGAACAAUUACCAACAGAAGUACUUGGCCUUUUAAAUAAAUAUAAUUUACAGCAAUUUUAA